UUCAAUUUACAUAUCAUUGUGGCUCAGUAUAAGGGAUUACCUGUAAUAUACCCAUUUAUGCACUUUGAGUGCUUAUUUUUGUGUUUAAUUGAACAUCUUAUCCUUUGCAUUUAUGCAGACUCUGAAUGAUUUGGUGGCAUACUAUCGAAAUACUUGUUGUAUGCUGCCUCCAGCUCAGGACCAACUGUUACUAAGGUAUGAAUACCAAGAAGAUCAAUCUUUGAUCGGUGAAGAUCAGUUUGCUUAUGAUGCUGAUUGGCUCAAUAAUCAACUCAAGUCUUGUCUGGAGUUCUGGCGAGGGGAACGAGAACCCAGUUAUGCUGCAGAAGAGGAGCGGUGGAAAUGCAACUUCUGCAGUUUUUAUUCCCAGUGUCCAGCAAACUCCAAACUUGAUCCACCUAGCUAAAGAAGUAGCCGAAAUAUCAAUUUUUUC